AUGACGCCCAGCGGGCGCCCCGCGGGGCCCCACCGCUCCCCCCAGGCUUGGACAGUGAAUUUGGUUGCAAUGGAGACCAUGUCCCUGGAGCACCAGAUCCAGAGUGUGCAGCGGCACAUUGCUUUCCUGAAGAAGGAGCAGACAGAGCUUCUCCAUGACCUGCACCUGGAGAUCCUCCGCUUGCAGAAGCACUGUUCAGAGCUCACCCAUGACCUGGAAAUUAAAGAGCUGGAAGCCCGCCAGCAAGACGUCCUGGACCGGGAGCUAGAGGAGAGGUGCCGGGCGAUGGAGGCCCAGCUGCAGGAGAAGGAGAAGGACAACAUGGAGCUGCGCAAGGAGCUGCGGCACAAGGAGACGCUGGUGGCCGCCCUGCGCUCCAGCCUCCGCACCAAGGAGCGCCGGUUCCUGGAGGAGCUGAAGCGGCGGAGCCACCGUGUCACCAUCCUCGACACCGAGCUGCAGAAGCAGACCGAGGCGGCCGCUUACCUCUCCCUGCAGCUACACGCCACGGCCCAGCGCCUGCCGGGCCCCCGCCCGCCCCACGAGCAGGCCCCCGCCGGCCCCCCAGCCGAGGGCAGGCCCCGGCGACGUGGCCACCGGCCGCACUCGCGGCGCCCACCCGGGGACGGUGCCCGCCCGAGGGACCCCGCGCAGGAUGACCACGACGCCAUGCCCGACCCGGCCCUCUUCCUCUACACGGCCCCACCGCGCCCCGAGCCCCGGGCAGGCUCAGGCCCCCGGGCGCAGAGGGCCCCCCGGCAGCCCGCCCAGGAGCCGGUGACAAGGGCCAGGCUGGCCAAGGGCGAGCCCGGCAAGAGGCAGGGGCCCGGCCCCCGCGGUGCCCCCCGGCCCCGGGAGUAG